AUGGCGGCAGCAGCGGCGACUCCAGCUGCUCGCCUCCUCGGCCCGCCGGAGAUCCGCAGAUCCGCCGCCGCGGAGCCCGCCAAGGAGGCCAGCGCCGCCGCCACCGGUGAACCCUUCAUGGACCUCAUGUCCGCUGCAUGCAACGACAGGGCCGUUAUGGCGGCGCUGCUCAAGGGCCUGACGGAGAUCUGGUGGCCGACCUUCCUCUCCUCCGGCGACCCCUGCCUCGACUUCUUCUUCCUUGUCGUUCCAGGCAUCUCGCCGGCGGAACUCACUCACCUCUUGGGCUGCGCGUGGGCGCAUAACCCGUUGACGGCUCUCAAGCUCGUCGGCCACCUCCGUGGCAUCCGCGGCACCGGCAAGUCCGACAAGGAAUGGUUCUACACGGCGGCGCUCUGGCUUCACCGACACCAUCCGAAGACAUUGGCCCUCAACCUUCGGUCCUUCGCGAACUUCGGCUACCUCAAGGACCUCCUGGAGAUCCUCUACCGCAUCCUCCACGACGUCGGGAAGAGGGCGGGGACGACGAGGAGGAGGCGUCACCGAUGUGGCGGACGACGCGGUCGCGGCGCAACGGUGAGGCGACCAGACCCGCUGCUACCGAGGGAGGUGAGGAUCGCGGCGAAGCUGGCGAGGAUGAAGGUCGGAGACCGGGAGGCGGCGAGGGAUCUGAGGAAGAUGAAGAGGGAGGCCAUGGCGGCGAGAGCCGUGAAGAGGUACGAUCGCGAUCCGGAGUACCGGUUCCUCCACGACCGGGUGGCCGAUCUCUUCGCGGAGCUCCUGCGGGCGGACAUGGAGACUCUCAGAUCGGAGAAACCCUUCCGGAUCAGCCUGGCGGCCAAGUGGUGUCCCUCGCUCGACUCGUCCUUCGAUCGCUCCACCCUCAUCUGUGAGAGCAUAGCCAGAAGGGUCUUCCCACGGGAGGCCCACGCCGAGUAUCAGGACAUCGAGGACGAGCAUUACGCCUACAGAGUGCGCGACCGCCUGCGGAAGGAGGUCCUCGUCCCCCUCCGCAGGAAGCUGGAGCUGCCGGAGGUUUACAUGGGCGCCAACCAGUGGAGCCUGCUGCCGUACAACCGCGUGGCUUCCGUCGCCAUGAAGAACUACAAGAAGCUGUUUCUCAAGCACGACGGAGAGCGGUUCGCAGAGUACUUGGGGAAGGUGGCGGAGGGGAAGGCGAAGAUCGCGGCGGGGGCGCUCCUCCCACACCAGAUCCUGGCCGCGAUCAGGGAGCGGGAAGGAGGGGACGAGGUGGCGGAGCUGCAGUGGCGGAGGAUGGUGAAGGAUCUGUCCGAUAAGGGGAAGCUGCGGGACUGCCUCGCCGUGUGCGACGUGUCGGGCAGCAUGGCUGGAACUCCCAUGGAGGUGUGCAUAGCCCUCGGCAUGCUGAUCUCUGAGCUGAGCGAGGAGCCGUGGAGCGGCAAGGUGAUCACAUUUAGCCACGAACCAGAGCUGCACCGGAUUAAAGGGACGACGCUCAGGGAGAAGAUGAUGUUCAUGGAGAACAUGGACUUCUGCCUCAACAUCGACUUCCAGCGGGUGUUUGACCAGAUUUUGAUGGUGGCCGUGGAAGGGAAGCUCCCGGCGGACAAGAUGAUCAAGAGGCUGUUCGUGUUUUCCGACAUGGAAUUCGACGAGGCGUCGGAGAACAGCUGGAAGACCGACUACGAGGCGAUUCAGAGGAAGUUCGGAGAACACGGGUACGGUUCCUCCGUCCCGGAGAUUCUCUUCUGGAACCUGAGGAGGUCGCGCUCCGUACAAGUCAUGGGAGAUCAGAAGCGGGUGGCGCUGAUCAGCGGUUUCUCCAAGAACUUUCUGAAGGUAUUCCUCGAGGGAGAUGGUGUCCCCAACCCUGCGCAAGUCAUGGAGGCGGCCAUCGCCGGGGAGGAAUUCGAGAAGCUCGCGGUUUUCGACUGA